AGAUCUCACACAAGUCUCUCAUCCAUGGCAUCCGAAGAACAGCUCAACUUUAACGAAGCGCACAAGCCUCACGCCAACGCCAUCGAGGCGUUCACCGUCGUCGAGUCCCAGCUCAAGGCUGCCAUCCACAAGUCCCGACACGACUGGGACAAGCAUGAGCCCAAGAUGUGGGCUCGCGCGGCCGGUGUCUCUGACCACGAUCUCACUGCGUUCGAAUUUGAGCGUGACCUCGUCGCCGUGAGGAGCGCGUCGACGUCCUAUGGGACCAUCAUCCUAGGCAAGCUCAGGAUCCCCGCGAUCAACGAUGAGCUCGGGGAGGGCUUCGUUCAUGUUCGCAUUCACGACCCGCCCAACCGGGGAACCGAGGACGUCAAGUUCCACUCCCUCUUUACCGACGAGCACAGGGAUGACCCCGAGGCCCCACCCACCUCUUGGAACGCCGUCCAGACCGCGGAUACCCCUCUCGAGUUCUUCAACGAGUAAAUCUCGAACAGCAGAAACCAUGCUCAUACAAAUGGCAUCGGAAACGCCUGUAGACUCUCGACAGUCGCCAGGCUCUGUAUAUUUCGAAGAUGGCGGAAGGACAACGGAGUGUGUAGGAGUCAGGAUGCGAGCAUGAAGAUAUCUUUUGACGAUGUAUAAAUGGACUAACAAUGAGAAGUGAAUGGCAUGUACCAAUUGUGUUGGAUCUUUGUCUUGCAACAACAUCAAACUAUC